GAAAGUCUGUGGGAGUGGUGACGACCACCAGGGUGCAGCACGCCUCUCCAGCUGGCACCUACGCGCACACGGUGAACCGGAACUGGUACUCGGAUGCAGAAAUGCCUCCUUCUGCGGUGCAGGAGGGCUGCAAGGACAUUGCCACGCAACUCGUUACCAACAUGGACAUUGAUGUGAUUCUCGGUGGAGGUCGCAAGUUCAUGUUUCCCAAGGGGACACCAGACCCUGAAUACCCAAAUGACACUGCCCAAUAUGGAACCAGGCUGGAUGGACAGAACCUCGUUCAAGAGUGGCUGGCAAAGCACCAGGGGGCCCGGUAUGUUUGGAACCGCACGGAGCUCUUUCAGGCGUCCGAGGAUCCCAAAGUGACUCACCUCAUGGGCCUCUUUGAACCAGCAGAAAUGAAAUAUGACAUCUACCGAGACCCCACCCAGGACCCCUCCCUGGCGGAGAUGACAGAGGUGGCCGUACACAUGCUGAGCAGGAACCCCCGAGGCUUCUACCUCUUUGUGGAAGGGGGUCGUAUUGACCAAGGCCAUCAUGCGGGCACGGCCUACCUGGCACUGACUGAGGCCGUCAUGUUCGACUCGGCCAUUGAUAAGGCGGACCAGCUCACCAGUAAGCAGGACACGAUGAUCCUUGUCACUGCUGACCACUCCCACGUCUUCUCCUUUGGUGGCUACACACUUCGGGGGACCUCCAUCUUCGGUCUGGCUCCAGCCAAUGCCCUAGACGGCAAGUCCUACACUUCCAUUCUCUACGGCAACGGCCCAGGCUACGUGCUCGAUUCAGGAGACCGGCCCAGUGUCAACAGUACUCAGAGUGGUGACCCCACGUACCGGCAGCAGGCGGCUGUACCGCUGUCCUCGGAGACCCACGGCGGGGAGGACGUGGCGAUAUUCGCGCGUGGCCCGCAGGCACACCUGGUGCAUGGAGUGCAGGAGCAGAACUACAUCGCGCACGUCAUGGCCUUUGCAGGCUGCCUGGAACCCUACACCGACUGCGGCCUGGCGCCCCCUGCCGGCCAGAGCAGCACCACCACCCCGGGCCCGACCACCACCACCAGGGGCCAGACCACCACCACCCGGGGCCAGACCACCACCACCCGGGGCCAGACCACC